AUUCCUUUACAGCGAGAACAAGAAUUAGUGCAGCGUUCUGGGAUCGUGACUCUGGGAGCACUUUUGCUGGAGGAAGCGUCUCCACGCACGGCAUGAUAAGGGGCUGAACUUUCCAGCUCAGUUUUUAGUGACACAUCACGUCACCUUCAGAUGCUUUCUCAGAAACGAGCGGAUAUCGGUUUUAGACUCGCUGACAACAUCAAACGCAGGCGCUCAAAAUGAAGUAUGAAGGCCUCAUGGCCAGAGCCCUGUACGACAAUGUCCCCGAGUCCCCAGAGGAGCUGGCCUUCCGCAAGGGUGACAUCCUCACAGUCCUGGAGCAGAACACGGGUGGCGUGGAGGGCUGGUGGCUGUGCUCGCUCCACGGCCGACAGGGCAUCGCGCCCGGCAACCGGCUCAAGCUGCUCGUGGGACCCACGCUAGGGAUGGUGCAUCCGGACCCCGCCAGCCAGCCGAAGGGCCCGGUGAGGCAGGAGGGGCUGUACCAGGUGCCUCUAGGGCAGGAUGUGUACCAGGUACCCCAGUGCGGCGGACGGGCUGCCGAGGGAUUUCCCGGGAAGGUUGUGACGCCAGAGCGGAUUGGCCACUCUUACGCCUACCAGCCAUCUCCGCAAGUGCAGAGAGACUUCUACGAUGUGCCGCCCAUCCGAGCCCAGGGGGUAUAUGACAUUCCCCCAGGGAAGCAGAUAGGACCCACUUACCUCGGACAACACAGGGAUCCUCAACCACAAGGAUUGUAUGACAUUCCUCCAACGAUGCAAGGGCAGGUAUACUCUAUACCACCAUGCAAGAACAACCCUAUCGCUCAGGAGGGCAGUUACGACUUUCCCCAACCGCACAAGCAGAAGCAUGAGGAUAUAUAUGACGUUCCACCACCCACAGGAGCACAGCCCUUUGCAUCAAACUACCCUGAUCUUGCCCCCAUGAGCAGCAGCAAUAGCGUCUAUGACAUACCCCCUACGCAUCAGCAGUUCGCAAGCAGCCAAAAGGACGUAUAUGACAUUCCGCGAGGCGCGCCACCGUCUCGCUCGUGGGAUGUGACAGAUGGCCUGCAGUGUCUUUCUCUGUCCAGCAGAGGGCCCUCUCACCGUGCACCACAGGGCAGGGUGGACAAUCAGUUGGUCAAGGAGGGUCAUAGCCUCAACACUGUGAACCAUGCCCCCAAUCUGGACCUGGACUCGACCCGACCGUUCCCUGUAUGUUUGGCCCCGGAACAAGAGAAGGAUGAGCUUGGCGCUACCCAGGAACACUGUGUGAAGAGCUGGAUGGAAGAUUAUGACUAUGUCCACCUUCAGGGCAAAGAGGAGUUUGAACAACAGCAACAGGCACUGCUGCAGAAGGAGAGCAUCAUGAAACAGGGGAGGCUUCAGCUGGAGAAGGAGCAGCUGAAGCAGUUCAAGAAGUUGGAGCAAGAGGUGAUCAAACCAGUGGAGGUGACCAAACCAGUGGAAAAUGAUACUGGCCAGCAAGCAGCUUCACAGAACUCUGUGGCUGACCCCACCUCCAUGGUGGGCGGGGCCCCAAUCUGUGGGCGGGACCGGCAGCUCCUGCGCUUCUAUUCAGAGCAGUGUGGGACACACUUUGACACACUGCUCAGUGCGGUGGACGCGUUCUUCGCCUGCGUGCGCGAAGGUCAGCCUCCGCGGGUCUUUGUGGCACACAGCAAGCUGGUGAUCCUUAGCGCCCACAAGCUGGUCUUCAUCGGGGACACACUGUCGCGGCAGGCAGCCACGCCGGAGGUGGCCCAGCGCGCUCUGGAUGGCAGCAACGCGCUCUGCCAGAUGCUGAAGGCAGUGGUGGGGGCCACUAAGAUGGCUGCCCUCCGUUACCCCAACACGGCGCCUCUUCAGGAGAUGGUGGACCGCGUCGCUGUCCUGUCGCACCUCGCCCAGCAGUUCCAAGCACAGCUCCUCUGCAUGGCUGAAUCGUGAAGCGCGUCGCCUGGCCUUUCCCGCGUCUCAUGUCAACAUGCUUUUGUACAUGGCUCAGAUUUGUAAAUAGGACUUUUUUAGUAAUCAGCAUUAUAUAGAUGUAAAUUCUCUUUUUAAGGCAGCUUUUUGUACAAUAUUCCUGUUUUAGUCAAAUUUUAAGCACCUUAUAAGGCCCCUUUCCCAGUUUCUAAUGAGAAUUAUCUCUGUCCAUCCAUCUUGUAACCGCUUAUGCUGGUCUGGGUUGUGGGCCAGUGCAAAUAAUUGCUCUCCCACUAGUAAUUACAAGAGUAAAGGACUGAUUUAACCCUA